GAGAGUGAGAUCGCGGGCAUCGAGAAUGACGACGGCUUCGGGGCACCUGCCGGCGGCCAGGCUGCCCUCGCGCAGCCGGGACCCGCGAGUGGGGCUGGUUCUGAGGACAUGGGGACCACAAUCAAUGGAGAUGUGUUUCAGGAGGCUAACGGCCCAGCGGAAGGCUAUGCUGCCAUUGCCCAGGCUGACAGGCUGACACAGGAGCCCGAGAGCAUCCGCAAAUGGAGAGAGGAGCAGAGGAAACGGCUGCAAGAGCUGGACGCCGCCUCCAAGGUGACAGAACAGGAGUGGCGGGAGAAGGCCAAGAAGGACCUGGAGGAAUGGAACCAGCGCCAGAGUGAACAAGUUGAAAAGAACAAGAUCAACAACCGGGCGUCUGAGGAGGCUUUCGUGAAGGAAUCCAAGGAGGAAACCCCAGGCACAGAGUGGGAGAAAGUGGCCCAGCUGUGUGACUUCAACCCCAAGAGCAGCAAACAGUGCAAAGAUGUGUCCCGCCUGCGUUCUGUGCUCAUGUCCCUGAAGCAGACACCACUGUCCCGCUAGGGGCCGGCCACAAGCAGAGCCACAGAGCAUGGGCAGGGUCAGGGCAGAGGAGCAGCUGCUUGGAGCAGGGGGUGGAAUGCCUCCAGCAGCUGCUCCACACAGCCUACUACCUUUCUCCCCAUCUGCCGGGGGGCCGGGAAGGGAACACUCGCCCCUCAGCCUCAUUCCCUCUUGGCCCUAAGUCCCAGCCCCUCACACCACCUCUUAGUCCACAAAAUUGUGACUGUCCCUCCUGAUGUAUUUUUUUCUUGGCUUAAAGGGUGUGUUGUUAACUCUUUUUACACUUA